CAUAGCAUACACUACACCCUUACUCGAUCAGCAAUUCAACUAGUGUAAUUCUUUAGAGAAAGGACAUGCUGUGAGACAACACGGUAGGGAGUCUGUGUGGCGGCCAACAGCUCUAGAAUGUCAAACAUUUAUACAAUAAGAGCUAUUCUCUGUGGUCAGUGGUCCUCUAGUGAAAGACUAGAUGGCAAAACGGUUAUCAUUACUGGAGCCAAUGCUGGCAUUGGCAAAGAGACAGCAAUGGACCUGGCAAAGAGAGGGGGCAGGAUAAUCUUGGCCUGCAGAGACUUGGGCAGAGCUGAGGCGGCACAGAGAGAGAUCAUUGAGAAAUCUGGAAACACCAAUAUUGUGACCAGAAAGAUGGAUUUGUCCGACACAAGGUCCAUUAGAGAAUUUGCAGAGUUAAUCAACAGGGAAGAGAAACAAGUGAACAUUCUUAUCAACAAUGCUGGGAUCAUGAUGUGUCCAUACUCUAAGACCGCAGAUGGCUUUGAGAUGCAGUUUGGAGUGAACCAUUUGGGUCACUUCCUGCUCACCUUCCUGCUGAUUGAUCUGAUAAAGAGAUCCAGACCAGCCAGAAUCAUCAACCUGUCCUCCAUGGCUCACAAAUGGGGUUGGAUCCAGCUAGAGGACAUCAACAGUGAGAGGAGCUACCACUCCAGAAGAGCAUAUGGACAGAGCAAAUUAGCCAACAUCCUGAGUAUACGGUCCCUGGCCAAGAGACUAAAAGACACUGGAGUGACAGUUUAUGCAGUCCAUCCAGGUAUAGUGAGGACUGAGCUGAAGAGACACAUGAAUUUAGCCCUGCUGAUAUCCUGGAAGAUUGUCAGACCUUUCACCAAAACUAUUGUACAAGGUGCCCAGACCUCCAUCUACUGUGCUGUGGAGCCAGAGCUGGAGACAGAGAGCGGUGGAUAUUACAGUGACUGUAAACCCUCCAGCUGUACCAGGGCUGCCAAGGAUGAUGAGAUGGCUCAGAAACUAUGGGAACUCAGCUGCCAAAUGCUUGGGAUAACAUGGGACUGAACAUCAUCCUUGAAUAUCAUUAUAGAUAGGCUAGAAUAUGUCAAUUGUUUGAAAAGUGCAUGCCUUGAAUGCUUACGCAAUAGGUUAUACUAUGGAAUCUAUAGUUAUACUAUUGUUAUGCAUACUAUGAAUAUGAAUGCUGUAUACGCAGAGCUUGACUUGGGAUGAAAUUGGUCCAUUAGACUAUGUACACAGAAAUUCCCAAAUGGCAUUAGCCUAUGUUAUAGAGACCUGAUUAUUCAGUGUUAAGGGUUCAUACUCAGUUUGACAGAUGGAAUUUCAUAACUUUUCCAUAACUUUUAACCAAAUUUACAUGACCAUUAAUUGGUGGCAUCUCUAUGUAGCCUACAUGGAAAAAGUCAGCAUAAAUGUGGUAUUGACACUAGAAGGCUGCUGGUCUCCGAUCACAUGUAGCCCUACUAGCUCCUGUCGUUGUGCCCUUGAUCAAGGCACUUAACCCCCCCACAAAGUAGAAUAACUGCACUGUUAAUGAACCUCUACAGGAUCGGUGUCCCCCUGCAGGACGGUUGAGCUAACAUGCGCUAAUAUGAUUAGCAUGACGUUGU